AUGGCUAGCAUAUCACUCAAGAGCGCCCUCGUGGCUGCCCUGGCUGCUGUUGCCACCGCGAUGCCCGCUGCUCCCCGGUUGACGGACCGCCAGCUCAAGAUCCACCAGGCUAUGAAACGCCAGCAGGCUGCUGGCCAGGCUGCUGGUAUCACCGAUCCCGAUAUCCUGCAAUUUGCUUUGACCCUGGAGUGGCUCGAGACCACCUUCUACCAACAAGGUCUCGCCGCAGUGCCCCAGCAGCAGUUCCUCGACCUCGGCCUCACCCAGCUUCAGGUUCAGGAUCUCGUCUCCCAGGGCAAGGAGGAGGAGACCCACGUCCAGCUCCUUCAGGGUGCUCUCGCCCAGAAGGGUGUCCAGCCGGUGCAGCCUUGCCAGUACAACUUCGGCCAGUCUUUCUCGUCUGCCACGGCAAUGCUUCAGACCGCCGUCACCCUCGAGCAGGUCGGUGUCUCUGCCUACCUGGGCGCUGCCCCUCUGGUCUCCGACAAGAGCAUUCUGGGCACGGCGGCUUCUAUCUACUCGAUUGAGGCCCGUCACCAGACCUUCACCCGUGUGGCUUCCAAGGUCGCUGCCUCACCCAACUCCUUCGACACUCCUCUGUCGCCCAAGCAGGUCUUCUCCUUGGCUGCUCCCUUCAUCGCCAGCUGCCCUCAGGGAAGCAACCUCGCCUUGACGGCGUUUCCCAACAUCACCAUGACCAAUCCUGAGGUCACCGCCCAGAUCGCCGCUGCCAGCCCCCAGCAGCUGCAGCUUCAGAGCACCGCGACCGGCGCCGCGGCAUGUGCCUUCUCUUCGGGCGAUCUGCCCACCGGCACCGUGUUCACACAGUUCGCCAACGGAGCCUGCGCAACCCCCCAGGGCUUGUCUGGUGUUGUCUACGUCAACCUCGUCACCUCGAUGCCCGCCGACUCCAAGAUCACGGACGAUAUCAUCGCUGCUGGUCCCAUGGUCCUGACCCUCUCUUAA